AUGAGACAAGUGCAACCAUCCACCAAUCAGGGACCUUGCCAAAAGGAACAGGGCAAGAGGAGCCAACAGGGACUAGGGCAGGGAGCCAACAGGAUCAGGCAGCAGGAACAGGGACACAGGAACCAGGGGCAACAGGAACAGGGACACAACAAAAGGAAUAGCCAACAGGACAUAGCCAAAAGCCAACAGGACAAGGUUGGAUUGAACCAGUAUCAUCAACAUCUUUUGGAAGACCCUCAACGAGGUGCCUUGAAGACCUUCAGAUCAAAGGGGGACAAUGAGACAAGUGCAACCAUCCACCAAUCAGGGACUUGCCAAAAGGAACAGGGCCAAGAGUGGGCCAAGAGGGAGCCAACGGGAUCAGGCAGCAGGAACAGGGACACAGGAACCAGGGCAGCAGGAACAGGGACACAACCAAAGGAAUAG